UGCGGUAUCCUUCCGCCCUGAGAGUUGCAGAGCUGUUUCCGGAUUGUUUCUCUCCCUAGCUGUUUCCGCCGCCAUUGCGGGUUUCCAGAAUUUGGUGUUACGGCCGCUGGUUUUCAUUCAGGGAAAGCACAAGUAAACAAUAUACGGGCGGACAGAAUAGUACACAUUAUUAUUCCAUAUUAAAAAAACCAAAACAUUAGAACAUAAAACACAUUCAUACACAGCUUUGGACAUUGAGGAAAGCGUUCAGUGGUUGUCCGGCUCGUACCUGAGUGAAGAAGCUGUAGAAAAGAGCAGAUCUAGGAGGAGUGAGAGAAGAGAGUAACCGCCAUGGCUCAGAUCCUUCCCAUCCGCUUCCAGGAGCACCUGCAGCUCCAAAACCUGGGCAUCAACCCAGCAAACAUUGGGUUCAGCACCUUAACCAUGGAGUCGGACAAGUUCAUCUGCAUCCGAGAGAAGGUUGGGGACCAGGCCCAGGUGGUCAUUAUUGAUAUGAAUGAUCCCAACACUCCUAUUCGCCGCCCCAUCUCUGCUGACAGCGCUAUUAUGAACCCUGCCAGCAAAGUCAUUGCACUGAAAGCUGCAAAAACUCUUCAGAUUUUUAACAUUGAGAUGAAGAGCAAGAUGAAGGCUCACACCAUGACUGAUGAUGUCACCUUCUGGAAGUGGAUCUCUCUGAACACGGUUGCUCUGGUAACAGACAACGCAGUGUAUCAUUGGAGCAUGGAGGGAGAUUCCCAGCCAAUGAAAGUGUUUGACCGACAUUCCAGUCUUGCAGGCUGCCAGAUAAUCAACUACCGCACUGAUGCCAAGCAGAAGUGGCUGCUUCUCAUUGGCAUUUCAGCACAGCAAAACCGUGUUGUGGGUGCAAUGCAGCUCUACUCUGUGGACAGGAAGGUGUCUCAGCCCAUUGAGGGGCAUGCAGCUGGCUUUGCUCAGUUUAAAAUGGAAGGGAACGCAGAGGAGUCCACUCUCUUUUGUUUUGCUGUUAGAGGACAAGCUGGAGGAAAGUUGCACAUCAUUGAAGUGGGCACACCACCAGCAGGGAACCAGCCAUUUCCAAAGAAAGCAGUUGAUGUCUUCUUCCCACCUGAGGCGCAGAAUGACUUUCCUGUUGCAAUGCAGAUAAGUUCAAAGCAAGAUGUUGUCUUUUUGAUCACCAAAUACGGUUACAUCCACCUGUAUGACUUGGAGACAGGCACCUGUAUCUACAUGAACAGGAUCAGUGGAGAGACUAUCUUUGUUACUGCACCCCAUGAAGCUACUGCUGGGAUUAUUGGAGUCAACAGGAAAGGACAGGUGUUGUCCGUGUGUGUCGAGGAAGAGAACCUCAUUCCCUACAUUACCAAUGUACUGCAGAACCCUGACCUCGCCCUCCGCAUGGCCGUCCGCAACAACCUGGCCGGAGCGGAAGAACUGUUUGCCCGGAAAUUCAACAACCUCUUUGCCCAGGGCAACUACUCAGAGGCAGCUAAAGUAGCAGCAAAUGCACCAAAGGGAAUCCUGCGCACUCCGGACACCAUCCGUCGUUUUCAGAGUGUUCCUGCUCAGCCUGGUCAGACCUCUCCGUUGCUUCAGUACUUUGGGAUCCUGCUGGAUCAGGGCCAGCUCAACAAGUUUGAGUCUUUGGAGUUGUGCCGGCCAGUGCUUCAGCAGGGUCGAAAGCAGUUGCUGGAAAAGUGGCUAAAAGAGGACAAGCUGGAGUGCUCUGAAGAACUUGGCGAUCUUGUGAAAUCUGUGGACCCAACUCUUGCUCUGAGUGUCUAUUUGAGGGCAAACGUUCCUAACAAGGUCAUCCAGUGUUUUGCUGAAACAGGGCAGUUCCAGAAGAUUGUACUUUAUGCGAAGAAGGUUGGAUACACUCCUGACUGGAUCUUCUUGCUCAGGAAUGUUAUGAGGAUCAGUCCAGAGCAGGGACUGCAGUUCUCUCAGAUGCUGGUACAAGAUGAGGAGCCCCUGGCAGACAUCACACAGAUUGUCGAUGUGUUCAUGGAAUACAACCUGAUCCAGCAGUGCACCUCCUUCCUGCUGGAUGCACUCAAGAACAAUCGUCCCUCAGAGGGCCCUCUUCAGACACGCCUGCUCGAGAUGAACCUCAUGCACGCCCCACAGGUUGCAGAUGCUAUUCUGGGUAACCAGAUGUUCACUCACUAUGACCGGGCCCACAUUGCUCAGCUGUGUGAGAAAGCUGGCCUGCUGCAGCGAGCCUUGGAACACUACACAGAUCUGUAUGAUAUCAAACGAGCUGUUGUUCACACUCACCUUCUCAACCCCGAGUGGCUGGUGAACUUCUUUGGCGCCUUAUCGGUUGAGGACUCCCUAGAAUGCUUGAGGGCCAUGCUGUCUGCUAAUAUUCGUCAGAACCUGCAGAUUUGUGUCCAAGUGGCGUCCAAGUACCAUGAGCAGCUCUCCACUCAGUCUCUCAUUGAGCUUUUUGAGUCUUUCAAGAGUUUCGAAGGACUGUUUUAUUUCCUGGGUUCAAUUGUAAACUUCAGCCAGGACCCAGAGGUUCACUUCAAAUACAUUCAGGCUGCCUGUAAGACUGGGCAGAUCAAAGAAGUGGAGAGAAUUUGCAGGGAAAGCAAUUGCUAUGACCCUGAGCGUGUGAAGAACUUCUUGAAGGAGGCCAAGCUGACGGAUCAGCUUCCACUAAUCAUUGUGUGUGACCGAUUUGACUUUGUCCACGAUUUGGUUUUGUACCUGUACCGAAACAACCUGCAAAAAUACAUUGAGAUCUAUGUGCAAAAGGUGAACCCUAGCCGUCUCCCUGUGGUUAUUGGAGGGUUGCUGGAUGUGGAUUGUUCUGAGGAUGUCAUUAAGAACCUCAUUCUGGUUGUGAAGGGACAGUUCUCCACUGACGAGCUGGUGGCUGAAGUUGAGAAACGAAACCGGUUGAAGUUGCUCCUGCCCUGGUUAGAAGCCCGCAUCCACGAAGGCUGUGAGGAACCCGCAACUCAUAAUGCUUUGGCUAAAAUCUACAUUGACAGUAACAACAACCCUGAGCGCUUUCUCCGUGAGAAUCCAUUCUAUGACAGCCGUGUGGUGGGCAAAUACUGCGAGAAGAGAGACCCUCAUUUGGCUUGUGUGGCUUAUGAGCGUGGCCAGUGUGACCAGGAGCUCAUUAAUGUAUGCAAUGAGAACUCCUUGUUUAAGAGCCUGUCACGUUACCUUGUCCGCCGAAAGGACCCUGAACUUUGGGCCAGUGUGCUGCUGGAGAGCAACCCAUUCAGGAGGCCACUUAUUGACCAGGUUGUGCAGACUGCCCUGUCUGAAACACAGGACCCAGAGGAGGUGUCCGUAACUGUCAAAGCCUUCAUGACAGCUGAUCUUCCAAAUGAGCUCAUUGAACUGCUGGAGAAAAUUGUUCUGGACAAUUCUGUAUUCAGUGAGCACAGAAACCUUCAGAAUCUCUUGAUCCUUACUGCCAUCAAAGCAGACCGUACCCGUGUCAUGGAAUACAUUAACCGCUUGGAUAACUACGAUGCCCCUGAUAUUGCUAACAUAGCCAUUAGCAAUGAGCUCUUUGAAGAAGCUUUUGCCAUCUUCAGAAAGUUUGAUGUGAACACAUCUGCAGUCCAGGUGCUAAUUGAGCAUAUUGGUAAUCUGGAUCGGGCCUAUGAAUUUGCUGAACGCUGCAAUGAGCCAGCUGUGUGGAGCCAGCUUGCUAAAGCUCAGCUGCAAAAGGGUUUGGUUAAGGAAGCUAUUGACUCCUAUAUUAAGGCUGAUGAUCCCUCAUCCUACAUGGAGGUUGUACAGGCAGCUGAUGAAAGUGGAAACUGGGAGGAUCUGGUGAAAUACCUCCAGAUGGCUCGGAAGAAGGCACGCGAGUCCUAUGUGGAGACUGAACUCAUCUUUGCUUUGGCAAAAACCAACCGUUUGGCAGAACUGGAGGAGUUUAUCAAUGGGCCCAACAACGCUCAUAUCCAACAAGUGGGUGAUCGUUGCUAUGAUGAGAAAAUGUAUGACGCAGCUAAGUUGCUCUAUAACAAUGUGUCCAACUUUGGCCGAUUGGCAUCAACACUGGUUCAUCUGGGGGAAUACCAAGCUGCAGUAGAUGGUGCCAGAAAGGCAAACAGCACUCGUACAUGGAAGGAGGUUUGCUUCGCUUGCGUAGAUGGUAAUGAGUUCCGUCUGGCCCAGAUGUGUGGUCUUCACAUUGUUGUCCAUGCCGAUGAACUGGAAGAGCUGAUUAACUAUUAUCAGGACCGUGGCUACUUUGAGGAGCUGAUCACAAUGUUGGAGGCAGCUCUGGGUCUAGAGCGUGCUCAUAUGGGAAUGUUUACUGAACUGGCCAUCCUGUACUCCAAAUUCAAGCCACAGAAAAUGAGGGAACACUUGGAACUCUUCUGGUCCAGAGUCAACAUUCCAAAGGUGCUGAGGGCUGCAGAGCAGGCACAUCUGUGGGGAGAACUGGUAUUCCUUUAUGACAAAUAUGAAGAGUUUGAUAAUGCUAUCAUCACAAUGAUGAACCACCCAACAGAUGCCUGGAAAGAGGGACAAUUCAAGGACAUAAUUACCAAGGUGGCCAAUGUUGAGCUGUAUUACAAGGCGAUCCAGUUUUACUUGGAGUUCAGACCCCUGUUACUGAAUGAUCUUCUGAUGGUGCUAUCCCCCCGACUUGACCAUUCACGAGCUGUCACCUUCUUCUCCAAGGUUAAACAGCUUCCACUGGUCAAACCAUACCUGAGAUCUGUACAAAACCACAACAACAAGGCAGUAAAUGAAGCAGUUAACAAUCUCUUUAUCAUAGAGGAAGACUACCAGGCCCUCCGUACAUCCAUAGAUGCUUAUGACAACUUUGACAACAUUUCCCUGGCUCAACGCCUCGAGAGGCACGAGCUAAUUGAAUUCAGGAGAAUUGCUGCUUACCUCUUCAAAGGCAACAAUCGCUGGAAACAAAGUGUGGAGCUCUGCAAAAAGGAUAAGCUUUACAAGGAUGCAAUGCAGUAUGCCUCAGAAUCAAAAGACACAGAGCUAGCGGAGGAGCUGCUGCAGUGGUUCCUGCUGGAGGGAAAGAAGGAAUGCUUUGCCUCUUGCCUGUUCACCUGUUACGACAUGCUGAGGCCUGAUGUUGUCCUGGAAACCGCAUGGAGGCACAACAUCAUGGACUUCUCCAUGCCCUACUUUAUCCAGGUCAUGAGGGAGUACCUUUCGAAGGUUGAUGAAAUAAAAGACAAGGUUGAUAAACUUGAUGCUUCUGAAUCUCUGAGGAAAGAAGAGGAACAAGCAACAGAAACGCAACCCAUUGUUUAUGGUCAGCCACAGCUUAUGCUCACAGCAGGACCAAGUGUUGCUGUUCCUCCUCAGCAAGCUUACGGCUAUGGCUACACAGCACCAACCGGGUUUGGGCAGGCACCCCCCCAGCCUGGCUUUGGCUACGGCAUGUAAGGAACUUGAUCUGGAGUCGUCCAUCUUUCUGUCCUUAAUGUCCACCAGCCCAUUCUGGUCUUGUACUCACAACAGAGGAAAACUUUUAUUUUAUUUUUUUUUCUUAUUUUCUUUAAACUUUGUUAUGAAGGACUCCAUUUUAUUUCUAUAUAAAAAAAUAAAAUAAAAAAUUGGAUCACAAAGGUUUAACUUUUUUUUUCACAUUCCAUAUUAAUAACUAGGAUGAUUUUUUUUGUGUGUUUUUAUUUUUAAGGGAAAUGGUUUAAUUAAAUGUACAAGUGGGCUUGUACAAUUCGAGUCUGCUUCUUAAAAUUAAAAACAGUGUCGUGAAGCAUCUGAUUUGCACUCUGUAGUGAGAAGAAACUAAUGUAGAAUCUAAAUUUUUUGAUGUAUGUGAGCAGCUUGUGUUCUGUCUGUAAAAUGCAUUUAAUUAUUGUAUAUUCAGAAAAAGCUACGAUGUUCUUAAUAUUUGAACAUAAGACUGCCGCUUCCAUGACUACAAACAAUAGCAACACUAAGUAAUAACCGUAUGUCCUACACAAUUGUGUGUAGCUCUAUAACAUUUUUUUUUAUUUGAAAUGCAUACAGACAUAUGAUUUAAAAGUGAGACCAUUUUAAUCCUUCCCAGCCUAUGCAGGUUCUCUGGUUAAACUUGUAGAAGAUGUUAGUGUCUUUUUGUUCACGCCAUGUGUAACAGAUGACCUUUUGUUCUGUAUACCGUGCUCUUGUGUGGAACCAUUCCAUUUUUGAGGAGGGGAAAAACAGUUAUUCUGACCUGUGUGUAUUUACUAACCCCUUCCUUGUGCUGAGGUUUAUGUAUGCUGGAUAUUGUGGUGUUUUAGGUCACUGUUUUGAGUGUACAGAAGAAAGUUUAAAAACCCCAAACCCUUGCUAUCCCGUCAGUUUUUUGUUUGUGCAGUUUGAAUUGAUGAUCAAAUUGAGAAUAAAAUUACAGGACUGUGGUAA